AUGACGGCAAGAAGCGCUCAGCAGCUGGCGGAAUAUGGCUGGCGACAUGUUACACACGGUGUCUCUCGCAUAUCAUCACUGGUGAUAGAGAGGGCAAGUGGUAGCUGGGUUUACACAGUUGAGGGAAAGAAAUAUUUGGACUUUACUACUGGCAUUGGAGUUGUAUCAACUGGCCAUUGUCACCCAAAAGUUGUCAAAGCAGUCCAGGAACAAGCAGCUAAUCUACAUCAUGCUCAAGUUAAUAUAGCAUUUCACAAGCCGAUGCUUGAUCUCAUUAGCAGACUGAAACCAAUAAUGCCAUCUCCAGAACUCGAUUCAUUCUUCUUUGCUAAUUCUGGUUCUGAAGCGGUUGAAGCAGCCAUCAAAUUAGCACGAUACGCAACGAAGAAGCAAAACGUUAUAGUAUUUCAAGGCUCAUUUCACGGUAGAACUAUUGGCGCAAUGUCCCUCACAACAUCAAAGACCAUUUAUAAAGUUGGAUUCGGUCCGUUGAUGUCAGGAGUGCAUGUUGCGCCAUUUCCCUACUGCCUCAGGUGCCCGGCACAUAAAGCAGCGCCCGAUGUUUAUAAUAAUGCCAAUUGCUGUAACAAUUCUAUCGAUCAAGUAGAGCUUCUUCUCAAACAACAAACGGCACCACAAGACACUGCUGCUAUUCUAAUUGAGCCUGUACUCGGCGAAGGAGGAUAUGUUCCACCGCCUAAAGGUUUCUUCAAGAAACUACGCGAUCUGUGUGAUCGCAAUGACAUCCUACUCAUUGCGGAUGAAGUACAGUCUGGAUUCGGUAGAACAGGAAAGAUGUUUGCAAUUGAGCACUAUGGAGUUGUACCCGAUAUUCAGGUUAUGGCUAAGGGAAUUGCUAGUGGAUUUCCUUUGAGUGCUAUCGUGUCUAAGAAGGAAUUAAUGGAUAUCCCAGCACCUGGAAGCAUGGGCGGGACGUAUACUGGUAAUGCUGUGGCAUGUGCUGCCGCUAAAGCGACAAUAGAAAUAUUCGAAGAAGAAAACAUAAUCGCUAAUGUCAAUGAAAGAUCAACGCAAAUCUUUUCGCUCUUGAAAUCUAAACUCCCGUCAUUGAUACCGUCAUCUAUGACGGUGGACAUCCGCGGGCUUGGGUUAAUGAUUGGCGUAGAAUUUAUUAAUGCUCCAUCCGGAUUUGUAAAUGCUAUUGUGAAGGAUGCUCUCGAGAAGCAUCAAUUGCUGUUAUUAACAACCAGUAUUUAUGAAACCAUAAGAUUAGUUCCUCCCCUAAACAUAAGUGCCGAAGAAGCUGAAGAUGGCGUUAACAGAUUUUUAAAAUCAGUAGAGAGUGUAGUCGCCAACAAAAAGGG